AUGUGCGCGAAAGUCGAAAAGAUCCUUCAAACAGAAACCACUUGGGACGGCGCUCAUCUGCCCCAAUACCCAACAGGCCCAGCAGAGAUAUCAGUCCUCAGAAUCACAGUCCCGCCACACACUAAGAUGUCAUUCCAUCACCAUCCCGUCAUUAACUGCGCUUAUAUUCUCCAAGGAACAUUACAUGUGACUACAAAGAAUGGGGAGACUCACUGUUUUAAAGCUGGAGAAGCUAUGGCAGAGGUCAUUGGAACUUCGCACUUCGGCGAAAACAGAGAUGAUGUCCCCAUGCAGAUGGUCGUCGUCUAUGCUGGCGUGAAAGGGGAAGCCAUAACUAUUCAAGACAACUAA